AUGGCUGCAUCGAUACCUGCUAGUAGAAAGCUGUUAUGGCUGCGGAUCUGGGUCACUAACAGCGACCCCAAGGUAAUUGGCCGUUGGUAUUUGGAGUAUUUAUAUGAGGCUAGAAUUAUGCCUUCAAUGAUAAGGCUGGACAGAGGAACAGAGACCGGCACAAUGGCAACGAUACAUGCCUUCUUGCGAAGAAACCAUGAUGAUAUGGAUGACCCAUGUGAAUCGAUCAUUUACGGGCCAUCGACAUCAAAUCAAGUAAGCACUUAUUUGUUUGUGUACUUAUUUUAUGUAUCGGUUAAAAAGAAGUGUGAAUGCAACUGGAGUUGUCAUAUUAGGUUGCUUUUUCUAUGUUUUUCUUUGCAUUAUAGUGCAUAAUGGACCAUUUUUGAUAAUUUUUUUAAAGAUCGAGAGAUGGUGGAGGGAACUCCACGAGAGAAUGGAAAAAUAUUUCAAGGAGCAACUCAACUGGUUAAAGGACCGAGGUCAUUAUAAUCCACAUAGUGAGAGAGACAGGUACAUAUAAUAAUUAUAGAAUAGACCUGAUAAAGACAUGGGGUUAGAGUGAACACAAUUUCUGCUUGUUUUAUUUGUCUAUUUUUUAAAAGCAAGGAAAAGGUUGACUUGAUCCUGGGAAGGUAGCCUGAGAGCAAGCUCAACCGGCCCUCUAGCAGCGGGGCUGGAAAAGGAAGAAGAGCUUGCAACUACGUCUCUGGAAUUUGAAUUCCACCUCCAAUUCGUCUGUGGCUCCCUGUCGACUUAGCUGUCGUAUUUCCGCCAAUCAGCACUAUGUGGAAAUGAGUGCAAAUGUAAACAAAUACUAAGAAACACGUGCCAAGGGUAAUGACGUCUUUCAUAAUGUCAUUUCCACCAAUCAGCAUUUCGCAUCAACUUUUUCAAUGCAGAUAUUCAAAUUCCAGCGAUGUAGUUUUAAGCUCUCCUUCCUUUUCCCAGAGAGCUUGCUCGCAGGCUAUGUGGAGGUGUGGGGGAAAAUCCCAUUAUGAAGGGGCAGGGAUGCAUUGUUAUGUUGUUUGGGGUUGCAGAUUGCAUGUUUUGGUGACACUUAAAGCUGUCUAGAGUAUUCAUGAUGGAAUGCCUAUUUCACCUGGUCGGAUGUUACUUUAUGGUGUGUAAUAAAGAAACCAGGGGACUAAAAAAGGAAAGAAAAAGCCGAUUUUAUGACAAUGCCUUUAUCACACAUUAUUAAAAGUGAUUACUAUUAAUAUAUAGCUCUUAUUUGGUACUGUGCUUUAUUUUUAAUGUAUUUAAGGGAUCAAGUAAAGCUUGAGUCUAGCACUCAUGGGAGUCCCCCUCCCCAAGGGAAAUCUACUCAUGGUCUAAAAUUAAAGUCACAAACUUUUUAGGCAAAUUCCAAAUGUGUCAAGGAUAAUUAUUGACAAUAAAUAUUUGUCAAAAUAAACGUAUCUAUACAGUGUAAAACCUUUGAUGAAAUAAAUCUGUGUUAAUUUCUCCUGUCAGGAUGCUCUUGGCUUUUCUUCUCAUACCAGUAGUGCAGAAAGAACUAGAUCUGUUUAGGACAGUUGUAUGGAACAGUCACAAAAUAAGAACACAGAAAGAUACAGCUUUGCCAGAUGGAAUCCCUGAUCACAUUUAUAACUUUCCUGAAACAUAA